GAUGUGGCAGCUUUUUGGCCAUUCUAAUCUUCGUGCUGGUUCAGGAAAGAUCGUUAAUCCAGUGGCAAGACAAAGCUGUGUUCUCUGCAUUUUUCUUCGGUGCGGUCGUUUGUCUUGGUUUCUCCUGUCUAUUUCACACAUUGUCGUGCCACUCGGAAACCAUUGGACGACUAUUCAAUAGAUUGGAUUACGCUGGUAUCGCAUUCCUGACGAUUGGAUCUUUCGUGCCGUACCUUUACUACGCAUUUUACUGCAUUUUAUGGGCCAAACUGUUCUACACCACCUUGAUUACCGUGUUGGGUACAGCUGCCAUAGUGGUUUCCAUGCAUCGGUCAUUUACUGCACCACCAUAUCGACCUUUGCGUGCCGGUGUCUUUAUGGGACUUGGCCUGUCCGGACUGAUCCCAUGUAUACAUACGACCAUUUUGGACGGAUUCUGGCAAUCCGUUCAUCACGGAUCAUUGGGUUGGUUGGUCCUUAUGGCUGUGCUGUAUCUAAGCGGAGCAACAAUCUAUGCAGUCCGUGUACCCGAGCGCCUUUUCCCCGGACGAUUCGAUAUUUGGGUGAGUUACUGUUUGUUAUCUCUCCAUGCAGUGCACUUGUAUUCUACGGGAAAAUACAAGCGUCAUUUUGUUGCCAACUUUCUGUCCAACUACGAAUUCUAUUGGUUACCUUUUGUGUGUGUUCCAUGCUAA